UUUUAAGUCAGGCUCUGGCGUGGACUCCCCUGGCUGAGGGGACCUUUGGGCAGCCGGAGACCGGGGGAGGCGGUAGCGAUGGCGGCUGGGCCGAGCCCAUGGCUUGGGCCGGCGUUUGGGUUGAGGUUGCUGUUGGCGGCUGUGCUUCAAGCGGUAUCUGCCUUCGGGGCAGAGUUUUCAUCAGAGGCUUGCAGAGAGUUAGGCUUCUCCAGCAACUUGCUCUGCAGCUCCUGUGAUCUUCUUGGACAGUUCAACCUGCUUCAGCUGGAUCCUGACUGUAGGGGAUGCUGUCAGGAAGAAGCACAAUUUGAAACCAAAAAGCUAUAUGCAGGAGCUAUUCUUGAAGUCUGUGGAUGAAAAUUGGGUAGGUUCCCACAAGUCCAAGCUUUUGUCAGAAGUGAUAAACCCAAACUAUUCAGAGGACUGCAAAUCAAGUAUGUUCGUGGUUCAGACCCUGUACUAAAGCUUUUGGAUGACAAUGGGAACAUUGCUGAAGAACUAAGCAUCCUCAAAUGGAACACAGACAGUGUCGAAGAAUUUCUGAGUGAAAAGUUGGAACGCAUAUAAAUCUUGAUUAAAUUUUGUCCUAUCCUUUUGUUACCUUAUCAAAUGUUAGAACACCUAGAAAAUUAUUUAGUUUUGCUUUUAUCCCUUGAUCAAUCUUACUGUGAGGCAGUAAACAUCUAAUUAAAAGUUGAAGUGGCAGCACAGCACAGGAUAUCUAAGGACUUGACAAGUUUCACAAAUUCAUGUUUUAUAAAUUUCUAGCCUCCGACAUUUGUUGGUACCACUAACAGAGUGCUUUGUAAUAGACCUGUGGCUAAUUAUGCAAAUGAUAGUUUGUGAUAAUUGGUCCAGUUUUACAAACUACAGAUUUUUAAAUUAGGGAGGUUAAUAAGAGAGAUGAUUACACUGUGCCUCAUGCGCUAUGUGCUCUUUGAAAGUAAUGACAGUAAACUACAAAGCAAAUAAGAUAGACCAAGCCUCAACAGGUUGCUUGAUCCUCAGAUUUUCCCAUAUUUUUAUAUUCCCCAGCUUUAUUUUUAAUAGAAUUGCUAUAGUAUAUAAUGAAUGAACUGCAUAAAAACUUUAUGGCUUCGUUAUUGUGAAACAGAUUCAAGAUCAACUGUAAGAAUGAAAUAUUCACAGAUUUGCAUUAAUGAGGACUACACAGAAAACCUUUUCAGGGUUUGUGUGGAUCUGAUCUUUAGCAAAUUCUUGUGCUUUACAUUCUUAUAGAAAAGUCAUUUAAAGAUGAUUAUUUGUAAGACCAAAAUAUAAAUUAAAAUUUUCAAAAAUCUGAA